CCUAUAGCCCCACGGUACCCAAUGGGUGCUUAGGCCUUAAGCCUUCGUGGUAGUUGGAGUAUAAAAAAAAAAUUAUUUUAAGUAAAUGUCAUUUACUCUCCGGUACUCAAUCUACCGAAAAAUUCUACACAAUUCUACUGAAUAUCGUCGAGCCCACCUGGCAACACUGUUGAGAACUCAUCGGUCGCCGGGCAAACGCAAACAUAAACAUCACAACAUAAACAUAACCUACAUCCUCUUCUUGGUUGUUGAGAUUUCUGAUAUAAAAAAGGCGGAAAAUAAUAAAAAGAGGGCAAAACCGAUCAACUAAUAUCGAAACUAUUUCAUACAAAUGCUUCCCCUUGCCCACAAUAAGGUUUCGUUUCGUUGGGGAGAAAUCAACAAGCCCAAGAAUUACACUAUUCCAAAUAUUAAAGCAAAACAAAGGCAAAAACGUGCCCCUUUUCUUGAAAACAUUACAUUUUCUCACGAUAUUUCUUCCGGGCAUUGGGGAGAAUUUAAUGAGGAAGAAAUAUACUCUGUUCCAGAUAUUAAUGAAGAUAUUGAGCGAAGUAUGAAUAAAUGUAGUUUAGAUGAAUUUGAAGAUCCUAGUGAUAUGCAACAUAUUGAACAUAUAAUACUACCUGCUCAAGAUCCUCUAGUUCACUACACAAUCUCAUUGCACAAAUAUGUGGAUGAUAUGACAGAAAUGAUAAGAGUAGCAGAGCUAGCUACAGAAAAGAAUAUCAUACCACCAGAGGAUGCUGUACCUCCUAUGCCACUGAAAAUAAAAAAGGAAUUUACACAUAAAAGAAAUAGUCUUAACUAUGUACCAAAAGAUUUCACGCCUUUUAGUUGUGGAUUGGCUACAGAGUAUCCUGAGUUAAGUGAAGCUAUAGUGAAAAAUAUUCUAGCAAAAUCUAUUGCUACAUUGUUUGUACAUAUAGGAUAUGAAACAUCGCAUCAAAGUGUGUUGGAUUUACUGAUAGAUAUUGUUGAGGAUUUCUUCAAAACAGUUUGCUUCAGGAUUGUCAAGUCUGUGGAGGAAGAAGAAAAAGGCAACACAACUAGUUUUCCAAAUAUUGUAGAAAAGGUACUCACUGAAACUGGACUGGGAGGAAUAAGGGGUCUCAGUGAUUACUACCAAAACAGAAUUAUUAAAUAUGCUACUGUUAUGGAGAAUCGGUGCAAGGAAUUAAUUGAUCACUAUUCUACAAUGUUAAUACCAAAGACUGAAAAUCUGCUUGAUAGUUCCAAAAUGAUUCGGAUAAAAGAAGAGGAUGCCGGUGAAAUGUUUGACGUAUACAACCCAGAAGUCCAUCUUACAACUUUUGAUAGCGAUAUGCCAGUAUCAGAAUCAGCUCUACAACUUCUUAAUAGCCUGGAAGCUGAACAGGGCUUACAAGUUUUGGAGGCGAAUAACGUCAAACAAGAGGAUGUAUAACAAAUCGAAUAAUGAAUAACUAUUAUUUCACAAAUAAACUGGUAAAUACAACGGAUUGUUUCAUUAUCAUAGAAAUGCUACUUACUGUUCAUUGGCUUUCUCAAAAACUAUGUUUGUACCCCUUAACUAUAACUGAGGGCUUCAUCGACGCGUACUACAGAAUCGUACCACAGGAUACAGACUAAACAUAUUUUUCGAGCCGCC